AUGCUCCUCAUAAUCUUAAUCUUCUGGAUCAUCCGCCUCGUCAUCCUUUACUCCAAGCGUCGCAAAUCCAAUCAGGCAGUGGAGCCCGCGGCCCAGUUCAGGCAUGUCGCCAACUACCUCUUUACCUCUCGCCAUGAUACACAGCCUUCUUUGGAUGACGAUGUUGAGCAGGGCUUUAAUCCUGGCGCGGAGAGGGGGAGAUCGAGACGAGCUAGAGAUGAAGCUCCUGUGGCGCGGCUGACUAGCGAAAGUCAAGCUAGCUUGCCUGCCUAUGGCGCUGCAUCACUGCCAGUUCCACCCGGACAAAUCUAUAGCUCUGGUCAGGUCAGGAUUACUCCUGACCGGACCACAGUUCUGCUCACAGGCAGUCUACCAGGGACGACGGAGGCGCCGCCACCCGAAUAUACAAAAGACGAGACACCAAGUACGCCAAGGCGGUGCGACUGA